AUGCAGCCAUGGUCGCGAGAGGAGGACACGGUGCUGCUGCGCCACGCGCUGCAGUGCGGCACGAAGCAGUGGGGCGAGCUGGGGAGGAGCGGUCAGCUCAAGAGGAGCAACAAGUCGUGCUGUAACCGUUACAUCUUCCUCCGAAGGAAGUUCACUCAGCAAUUUCGCGAGAGCUUCCUGAGAAAUCACCUGGGAGGCGCCGCGUUCCUCCAGGACGUUUCACUGGACGGAAACAGUCUGCCGUUGUUCUGUCAGGAUAUCCAGCAGCAGCAGCAGCAGCAGCAGCAGCAGCAGGAGGGCGCGGGUUCAGCUGCCCUUGCGUUUGGAGGGCUGUCGUAUGAGGAGUGCACGGCCGUCUUCUUUGCCCCCAACGCACGCUGCUGCCGCCAACCAGCCUCACUCAACCUCUCUUCUGUGACCAGCUCUCCUCCUCAUUCCCAAGCCGCCAGCGUCUGUGCUACUGCGGCUGCUUCUAUUGCCAAGUUUCCAGUAUCCCAUGAAGCUUCCCCCGUUGCUGCUGCCUCCAAUUCUGCCGCUCGGCGUCGUGCGCUGAAGCGUCCAAGGGACGACUCGCCCACGCUGGGGGCACAGCCAGCGCUGCUCGGUGGACGCGAGAGCUGGUUCGUGCCAAGGGGAUUCGUGCGAGGCGGAGUUUUGCGAGGCGGGGUGGUGUGUGGCACGGAGCACGGGCAUCAGUCAGUGGCAGAGCAGUUCCAGCAGCAGGGGGCGAGCAGCCUCAUGCAGCAGGCAGCUGACGAAGCCCUGCUGGAGGCGCUGCUGCAGGAGGAGCAUCGGCAGCAGCAGCAGGGAGGAGCGAGGAGCAGGGCGCAGCGGGUGUUGUGGCCGCGCGUUGGGUCGGAGAGUGCCCUUCCAGACGAUGUGCUGCUGGGGUGCAACAGUGACGAACCUGCCUUCAUCCAGCGCUCUGCUCUGUCUGCUCCUCCACCGACCCUGCCACUCGCAGCGCUGCCAGCGCCAAUGCGGCCCCAGCUCGCUGCUCUGCCUGCCUCCGCUCCCUGCAUUGGCGAUUUCGCAGUGCAGCCAGUGGAGUGGCUCCGCGUUGGGUCAGAGAGCGCCCUUCCAGACGACGUGCUGCUGGGACUCUGCUGCGAGGACCCUGCCUCCUCGCAACGUGCUGCUCUCUCUGCUCCUGCGCCCGCCCAGCCGCUCGCAGCACUGAUGCCCUCGCCGCUCACUGGUCUGCCUGGCCCCGCUUCUGGCAGCGCGACCGGGUGCCUUACAGCAAUGCUUGUUGGGAGUGCGUGUGGCACACAGGAGCAAGAAUACCUGGAUGCUUGCAUUGACGUGCACGGCAACAUAACCAACACUAACAACACUGACAACUGUGGCAAGCACAGUGGCAAGGACAACGGUGCGCUCUUUCUAGACACGCCCAUGGCUCACGUGCUGCUGGCUGGGAGUCUCCUCGCCAUGCCCUUGGCCAGUGGACCUCACGCUGAGGGGCCUGCUGCCCCACAUGCUGCUGGAACAGCCCUGCCAGAGUGGGCGGUGGAGCAGGGAGGGACCGGGGAAGGAGGUGCUGAGGGGCACAGGCAGCAGCAAUUUCUCGGCCAGGAGGGCAUGCUUGCACAGGGGAAGCCUUGUCAGUACCUCAAGCUUGACCGCAUGCUCUCCCUGCCACCGCACCAGCCACAGCUGCAUUCACAGCCACCACCACAUCUACUCCCAAAGCCACUCUUAAAGUUACCGACACAAGCGCCUUGGCUGUCUGCCGCGUCACAGUCACCUCCCUAG